AUGUCGCCCUCAGCUGUCGAGUCGGUCCCGCAGACCAUUGCUGAUAUCAAGGAGAAGGUCUUGCCUGUUCGCGAGAAGGCAGAACCUGCUGUCUCCCAGACGGAGCUUCCCGAAGCGGAGAAUCUCGAGGUCAAGCCUGUCGAGCCCGUCGAGCCUGUCGACACCAUUGGCUCGGCCGUAAAGGACAAGACCGUGGGGCCAGACGGCCUGCCGGCGCUGUACGAAGACCACAAAGAGCCGCUCGUCCUGAGCGGGGUGCUGGACCAGUUCGAGUCCUUUGACGUGACGCCCGUCAUCGGCCGCGAGUUUUCCAACGCCGACCUGGCCGAGUGGCUGCGCGCGCCCAACUCGGACGAGCUGCUGCGGGACCUGGCCAUCACAAUCUCGCAGCGCGGCGUCGUCUUCUUCCGCAAGCAGGACAAGAUCAGCGACGACCUGCAGAAGGAGCUGGUGCAGCGGCUGGGACAGCUGUCGGGCAAGCCGGCCACGUCGGGGCUGCACAUCCACCCCAUCAGCAACGCGGGGCGCGAGGAGGGCGGCAACGACAACGAGAUCAGCGUCAUCUCGUCGCGGCAGGCCAAGAAGCUGUACAAGGGCCGCUUCAUCUUCAACGGGCAGCGGCAGAGCGGCAAGGAGCAGUGGCACUCGGACAUCACCUUCGAGCCCAUCCCCAGCGACUACGCGCUGCUGCGCCUCACCGAGCUGCCGACCACGGGCGGCGACACGCUGUGGGCCUCGGGCUACGAGCUGUACGACCGCAUCUCGCCCAAGCUGCGCAGCUUCCUCGACACCCUGACGGCCUACUACGCCCAGCCGCUGUUCAACGACGCGGCCAAGCACAACAACUUCAGCAUCUACGCCGAGCCGCGCGGCGCCCCCGAGAACGUCGGCGAGGCCCUCGAGGCCGUGCACCCCGUCGUGCGCACCAACCCCGUGACGGGCUGGAAGAGCGUGUUCGCGGUCGGCCACCACGUCAAGCGCAUCCACGGCCUGUCCGAUGACGAGAGCAAGCACUUCCUCAACUGGUUCGUGCAGCUCAUCGUCGAGAACCACGACCUGCAGGUGCGCCACCGCUGGCGCGACGUCAACGACCUGGCCAUCUGGGACAACCGCAGCGUCUACCACGCCGCCACCCCCGACUACGCCUUUGAGGAGGGUCUCGGCGAGCGCCGCGGCAGCCGCGCUGUCAGCCUGGGCGAGAAGCCCUACUUUGACCCGCAGAGCUCCAGCCGCCGCGACGCGCUGAAGAAGUAG